UGAUGGGCGGGGCCGCGCUUGCCGAUGCGCCGGCGGGAGCGAGGCGGCGGCGGCGACGACGGGACCGACGAUGUGGUUCAUGUACGCGCUGAGCUGGCUGGCGCUGCUCAUCCAGGCCGCCUUCGUCACCCUCGGCAUCGCGGCUGGAUUGUACUACUUGGCAGAGCUGAUAGAGGAGUAUACGGUAGCCACGAGCAGGAUCAUUAAGUAUAUGAUCUGGUUCUCCACAGCUGUUCUGAUUGGGCUGUACCUCUUCGAGAGCUUCCCCAGCCUCGUGGUUGGUGUGGGCCUGUUCACCAACCUGGUCUAUUUUGGACUGCUGCAGACCUUCCCUUUCAUCAUGCUCACCUCUCCGAACUUCAUCCUGUCCUGCGUCCUGGUUGUGUUGAAUCACUACUUGGCGUUCCAGUAUUUUGCAGAAGAGUAUUACCCAUUCUCAGAGGUUCUUGCCUACUUCACCUUCUGCUUGUGGCUCAUCCCCUUUGCCUUUUUCGUUUCCUUGUCCGCUGGGGAGAACGUGCUUCCUUCCACGGUUCAGACAGGAGAUGAUGUAGUAUCCAACUACUUCACCAAAGGCAAGAGGGGAAAACGCUCUGGCAUCCUCAUUAUCUUCUCGUUCAUUAAGGAAGCCAUCCUGCCGAGCCGCCAGAAGAUCUAUUGAUGCUGCCACCUCCUCAAAGCGCCCUCUGUUCAUGGCUGGACCCUUUUAUCCAGACGGAACCUGAGGUCUCU